AUGGAGUCUUCCGCCUCGGAAUCACCCUCAGAGUCCCCCAUCGACAUCGACGUGCAGUCCCACACCUCCCACUCCGCACGAUCCAGUUUCAGCGACCACACGCGCAGCAAAGCCCGCCGAUCCAAGGAUGGCACCGUCAACGGCUCCAUGCGAGACGUCGCCCGCGUCCUCGUCGCUCGCGAACGUGAAACCAUAGAACUCAAGCGAGCCCUCUAUACCCUCAACCAGCAGUUCGAAGCCGAGCGCCAACGCGCCGACUCCGCCGAGGCCAAAACCCGGGAGGUCCUCGCCCUCUUCAAGUCCACCAACGACGCCAAGAUCGUGGCCGAAACGGAAGCCGCCCGUGCAAACGAGGGUCUCAGAUUAUACAAGCUCCAGUAUGAAAACGCACAGAAUGAGAUGCGCCGGGCGCAGAGCCUUCUCAACGACUUGGAGACCCAACGCGUCGACGCAGAGGCCGCGGCUGCGAAGGCGAGAAGCAUGGCACGGAAGCUGAGGGAGGAGAAGAUCACCAUGAAGGCGAAGGAGGAGGGACGUAGGCAGGGCCUCGAGGAAGGCAUAGCCCAAGGUCAGAUCAUUGGAUAUGAAGCGGGACGCGCCGCAGGAUACGACCGCCCCGCCUCGGAGCAAGAGUUCGUCCCAGAGCCCUACGAAGACACCCGAAAUAGAGAGUACCAGACUUCCCGCCUCUCGAGGCCAUCCAUGUCGGAAGACUCGCUGCAAGAGGCGAUGACCGACUACACUCAGCCCGUUGACACCAUGCUGUCCAUGCCGCCUCCAGUGGCAACCCCAGCU